UAUGAAAACUCAUUAGCCUCCACAGCAAUGAGUCCUCCUCUGCUCAAGCUGGGUGCUGUUCUGAGUACCAUGGCCAUGAUCUCUAACUGGAUGUCCCAAACGCUCCCGUCACUGGUAGGACUCAAUACCACCAGGCUGUCCACUUCUAAUACUCUAACUCAGAUCAGCCCCAAGGAAGGGUGGCAAGUCUAUAGCUCAGCCCAAGACCCAGAUGGACGGUGUAUUUGCACAGUGGUUGCCCCAGAACAAAACCUCUGCUCCAGAGAUGCCAAAAGCAGGCAGCUCAGACAACUGCUGGAGAAGGUACAGAAUAUGUCCCAGUCCAUUGAAGUUUUAAACCUACGAACUCAAAGGGAUUUCCAGUAUGUUUUGAAAAUGGAAACACAAAUGAAAGGGCUGAAGGCCAAGUUUCGGCAAAUUGAAGAUGACCGGAAGACUUUAAUGACAAAGCAUUUCCAAGAAUUGAAAGAAAAGAUGGAUGAGCUCCUGCCACUAAUACCAGUUCUGGAACAGUACAAAACUGAUGCCAAGUUAAUCACCCAGUUCAAGGAGGAAAUUAGAAAUCUGUCUUCAGUCCUCACUGGGAUCCAAGAGGAAAUUGGUGCCUAUGAUUAUGAGGAACUACAUCAGCGAGUGCUCAAUUUGGAAACCAGGCUUCGAGAUUGCAUGAAGAAACUUACAUGCGGAAAAUUAAUGAAAAUCACUGGCCCUAUAACAGUCAAGACAUCUGGAACCCGUUUUGGAGCCUGGAUGACGGAUCCGUUAGCAUCCGAAAAGAACAAUCGCGUCUGGUACAUGGACAGUUACACCAACAACAAAAUAGUCCGUGAGUACAAAUCAAUAGCAGACUUUGUCAGUGGAGCUGAAUCGAGGACAUACAAUCUCCCUUUCAAAUGGGCAGGAACCAACCACGUGGUCUACAAUGGGUCACUCUACUUUAAUAAAUACCAGAGCAACAUUAUCAUCAAAUACAGCUUUGAUACUGGACGGGUCCUUGCUCAACGUACCCUGGAGUAUGCAGGCUUUCACAAUGUGUACCCGUACACCUGGGGUGGCUUCUCAGAUAUUGACCUGAUGGCAGAUGAAAUUGGCCUUUGGGCUGUCUACGCAACCAACCAGAAUGCAGGCAACAUCGUCAUCAGUCAACUGAACCCAGAUACGUUAGAAGCAACGAAAAGCUGGAGCACUGGCUACCCAAAGAGAAGUGCUGGGGAAUCCUUCAUGAUAUGUGGUACUUUGUACGUCACCAACUCUCACUUAACUGGAGCCAAGGUCUACUACUCGUAUUCCACAAAAACCUCCACCUACGAAUACACAGACAUACCUUUCCAUAAUCAGUACUUUCAUAUAUCCAUGCUUGACUACAAUGCCAGAGAUCGGGCUCUCUAUGCCUGGAAUAACGGACACCAGGUCCUGUUUAAUGUCACGCUUUUCCACAUAAUUAAGACAGAAGAUGACACAUAAACUCAACAUUGGUUUGGCCACCCCCA